GGUCGUCUUUUCGUGACCGCGCAGUAAAUUGCGAAUGAUGUCAGUUUAGGCUGCGGUGGCAUCAGAUAGGUGGUUGUGUCGUCGAUUGGUGGUGUAGGUUGUGUUUACUCUUUGAAUCAUUAGAUACAUAUAUACUGGUAUGUUGCUGUUGCAUAUGUGUAUGUGUACGUGUACGUCUAUGUGCUUUCAUGAGAUAUGCACGACACGCUUAUGACUAUGUGUGACAUAUGUACGUUUGGGUAUCUGCAUGUAUGUUGAUUGUAUGUUGCCCACGUAUGAGUACGAGUGGAGCCAUGUACAAGUACGUUUGUCAUACGUGCUCUACAUAUCCCUAUUCAAGGAUUGCAUGUAAUACGCUGACAUCCGAGAAUGUUUAUAUUGGGGUAGCUGUGCUCUUUCAUGGACAUUUUCAUGAGUCUGCGCAUAUGUGCAUAUAUGUGUUUGUGUGCACACGCAUGUAUAUGUUGGCAUCUUCACGGAUACGUCGAUAGAAGCUUAGGUAUGGAUAUGUGUUGAUGUGCUCCUCAUUGGGAUUGUAUGUCUUUCUGUGUCUCUGUACGCAUGCCUGUUCGCGUGUGUGUAUGAGAGGUUAUGUGUGUUACUUGCGUGUCUUUUUGUGUAUGUGUGCAUUUGUCUCUCUGUGUUGUUUAGAUGUUCAUAUCUGUGUGCAGUUGUAAUGAUUCAACGCCGAUUGAAAUUCACCACUUUUGAAAUGUCGAAAAUUCGACAAGUCGGAGAAUAGUUUGUACGAUUUGUUAUCACAUCACUUGAUAUUCGGAAUUCAGGGCAGCCGAUUGUUACAUUCAUCCAUCCGUUUGCAGCUAUUUGCAGGAAGUGGUUUCAUCUGUUUUCACACUAAACGCGAAUUUUUUUCGUUUGGUUCGGUGAUCCUGUCAUGACUGAUGCCAAUCAACAGCAAAAACAUGUAAACGACGGUGAAGUCGCUGGCGCCCCUGCGCCGACUCAGGCGCCUUUGGAUUCUGAUGGUCUUAUUGAGAGUAAUUGGGAAUAUGUAUGCGAAAACUUCGAUGAAAUGGGUUUGAAGGAAAACCUUCUUCGUGGUAUUUAUGCGUUUGGUUUCGAGAAACCGUCCGCUAUUCAGCAGCGUGCCAUUAUUCCGUGCACCAAAAAGCGCGACGUCAUUGCUCAAGCGCAAUCUGGAACUGGUAAAACAGCCACUUUUUCGGUAGCAGUCCUCCAAAAUAUUGAUGAAACUAUUCCAGAAGUUCAGGCUCUUGUGAUGGCACCAACUCGUGAGCUUGCACAACAGAUACAAAAAGUGAUGCUAUCCUUGGGUGAAUAUCUUGGUGUGAAAUGUCACGCAUCAAUUGGUGGUACAAAUGUUCGUGAUGAUCAACGUAAAUUGGAGUCUGGUGUUCACGUUGUGGUUGGUACACCCGGCCGUGUUAAUGAUAUGAUUACACGCCAGUCUCUCCAAACCAAUAACAUCAAAAUGUUCGUACUUGAUGAAGCAGACGAAAUGCUUUCUCGUGGAUUCAAGGAGCAAAUUUAUGACGUCUUCAAAUGUAUGCCGAAUGAUGUUCAGGUGGUACUCCUUUCGGCUACGAUGCCAUCGGAAGUUCUGGAAGUAACAAACCGUUUCAUGAACGAUCCCAUACGUAUCCUAGUCAAGAGAGAAGAGCUUACCCUGGAAGGCAUCAGGCAGUUCUACAUAAAUGUCGAGAAAGAAGAAUGGAAAUUCGAAACACUUUGUGAUUUGUAUUCCACAGUUAAUGUGACUCAGGCUGUCAUCUUUUGUAAUACUCGCAGGAAGGUUGAUUACCUUGCAACUCAAAUGAGUAAAGAAAAGUACACUGUUUCCUGCAUGCAUGGUGAAAUGGAACAAAGUGAGCGUGACGUGAUUAUGCGCGAAUUCCGAUCAGGCUCCUCCCGUGUUCUUAUUACUACUGAUUUAUUGGCACGUGGGAUUGAUGUUCAACAAGUUUCACUGGUCAUUAAUUAUGACCUUCCAAGCAAUCGAGAAAACUACAUCCAUCGAAUCGGACGAUCGGGACGUUUCGGACGAAAGGGUGUAGCAAUAAAUUUCAUAACGGAAGCCGACAUGCGAAUGAUGAAGGAUAUCGAGAGCUUUUAUAAUACACAAAUCGAGGAAAUGCCUAUGGAUAUUGCAAAUUUGCUUUAAAACCGUGAUAAUGAUAUCCUGAUGGCAUUUCUGGUACUAUACUAUUACUAUUUGACUAUUCCAAUGCAGAUUGCAAUUAUUGUUGUGAUUCAGUGAUCGGGCUGGGCUCCUUUGUACUUUAUCUGGGUUUAUAGAACUUUAAUCCCAAAUUAUUUCCGAAUAACCUUUUUUUUUGAUGCCUUUGUUAUAAUGCCUCCAUAACAUUUUGUUUUCUGCCAUUUCUCUCUUUGAUUGCUGUUUUCGUGCGUUAAGGAUCCAAGAGUGCUUUUCAGGACUCAAGAUUAACUUGUUUGUAUUUUUAGGAAUUGAUAGCGUUGUUUCAAAUUGUUUUCGUAAAGGGAGGUAAUACGUCAUAUUCCUCCAUUGUUCUUGUUUUUCAUUUCAUUCUUUUUGACCGUUUCGUUGGGUUGGACGAUAAUUUAGUGAAUUAAUUAUUGUAUCGUUUGUCGAGCCUGUACUGACUGUUGCUGUUUUUUAAAUACAAUUUUUGUUUCUCAUUUGUAGUUGAAUAAUUUGGGAAAUUGUAAAAUUGCGAAUUCAAAGUAGGACGAUAAGUGCUGGGAAAUCUUCAAUCAGUACCAAUGUUGGUUUUGUCUUCAGUUAAUCUGCGUUCUCAUUCAGUCAAGAUAAACAAAGGUAAAGCUGCAUUGGUUAUGGUUUGUGUUCGACUAUUUUAGCAAGGCUACUGAAAUUCGCGGCGAUCCAAAUUUUUGCCUUAUUUCAAGAAGUUGGACUGGGAAAUGGUAUUUGCCCCAUAUAAUCCUG